CCGCCUGCUUGCCCCGUUUCCACGCUUACGCCUCAGGCACCAAACUUUGCAAAAGCCACGCGCCCGCUAGCCACUCCGUUAAAUCACUCCAUCAAGCCCCGUCCCACCUCCUUCACUUCAAUCAUCAUUGCCCAUCAUGUGCCCUCGUUAGCAUCUAUUGAGCAUACAUACACAUGUACUCACCACAGCAAACUGCCUCUCUUUCUCUCUCCCGUUCCACUGCUUUGUUUGGGACCGCCACUCCCACUUUGUUUCAGCGCGUCCUUCUCCCGCUCCAUCAAAGCUUCUGCUCCAGUACCUGAAACCCCUGUCAUCAUCCGUCGCUGCUUCCCGUUAGCCUUCGCGAAUGCCUACACCACAUCUACAUCUACACUCAGUCCACUGCGCUCUCCCAUUUUCCUAUCCAGCCAUGCAUCCAUCUUUUUUUGAUCCCAUUUUUCCCUUUCCGGCCACAUCGGUUUGGCUUUGUAUGCAUGCUGCUGCUUACCACUAAGAUGAGCAAGCCUCCAUGUCCGGCAAGCGGACUCCGCCCUCUCGUAAUCCAACCUCCACCGGACAUGCGCCAGAGCACCCAAGGCUACGUUCCGGACUCCAUCAAAUCGUUUACUACUCCAUUGGCAAACUCUCAAUCCAUCUUCGCCGCAUAGACAAAACAUCAAGACUUUCUCUCCUCGUGCAUCUGGUUCAGCUGCGCUGCCUUCGCUGUAUCCCUUCCACCCGCCCAGCACCCUCAAUGCAUGCUUGACUCGUUUCGCAUUGCCUUUACACACCACAUCUUGCCACUUACUACCUACCGCUAUGCCCAACUUCCCCUCCCCUUUUCCCUUUUGUAUUUCGCGCGUACGCCAUCAUGUUUUGUUUCCAUCCCCGCUGUUUCGUUUCUGUCCCGAACAGUCCGCAUAAAAGCCCACAUGUCACUCAACACCCGCCCGACCGCCUGCGUUUCGCGAAACACGCUGCGCUUCACCAAACACCCAACCCCACGCCCGCCGGCGAUCACUCUCUCUUUCUCUUUUCACUCGCCCUCCGACGCAAUGCAUGAAUGUCGCAACCCAAACCCCGAUCGCUCGCCCUGGGAAACAAAAACCCGCACGCAGGUCAAUCUUUCCCCGCACUCGUUCAUGCUAUAG